GGUUUUAUUAAUUUGGUCUUUCCCUUUCUUGCUCGUGAUCUGGUGGCAAUGAAGCCACCACCUGUCGGUCACGCCUGAAAAGUUCACGACGGUUCCAAUACCCAUCCUCUUCCGCACCUCUUCUUUUUACCUAGCUAGGAUCGGCUCAACUACGGUUUCCUUUUGGCCGCGGGAUCUGUUCUCCGAAUUCGAGCAGGCUCCUGCAAACAUGCCUUUCUAGGGUUUACAUUUCCUAUCCCUCAUCAUUAUAUUUGUCACCUGCCUUCCAUAACAUGUCAUCGGUGGCCGCAGAUCUACCGGAAUCCCACUGGUGGUGCGUCCAUGGUUUAUCUUCUUUAUUGUCGUCGCCGGAGUACGAAAUCGACAACUUUGAUCGACUUCCAGACUCGAUACUCAUUGUCAUCUUCAACCGGAUCGGUGAUGUGAAGGUGCUUGGACGGUGCUUCGUCGUCUGCCGCCGUUUCCAAGCCCUCGUUCCCCUCGUCGACAACGUCGUCGUCCGCGUAGACUGCGUUAUAUCGGAGGAUCCUUCUCUUUCCUCCUCGUCGUCCUCAUCCUCUGCCAUUUCUGGUUCUAUAUCUUCCGAUAAAACCCGCGGCGUUUUUUCUCACUUUGCUCGUUUCGUUUUCGGAGGUAUUGUGCGACCCUUUUAUGCCCUUGGCCAGAUUUUGUCUGUUCCCUCUAAGCGCGUUUCAUCAGCGAAUUCGGCUUCAUCCUCUUCCUCAUCCGAAGUAUCACACCAUUCCCCCACCGAGGUGCUGAAGAAUUUCAAGGAGCUCCGGCGGCUUCGGAUCGAACUUCCAGCCGGUGAGCUUGGCGUUGAUGAAGGCGUUCUUCUCAAAUGGAAGGCUGAUUUUGGCUCUACCCUCGACAGCUGUGUCAUCCUUGGAGCCGCAUCUGUGCUCUCCUCCAAAUCUGCAAAUGCUAACCCUGCACACGAUCUUUGUGUUGGAGAAGACAACGGUUGCAUUCCUGAAUCGUUCUAUAUGAACGGUGGACUGAAGCUUAGGGUUGUAUGGACUAUCAGCUCCCUCAUUGCUGCCUCCGCUCGGCAUUUCCUUCUCCAACCCAUCAUCAGCGAUCAUGAGACAUUGGAUUUUUUGGAUCUCAUUGAUGCAGAUGGCCAAGGUGUACUGACCAUGGAUAGAUGGCAGCUACAAGAUCUGCGAGUGAGGCCCGUAUCAGCUUCAGGUUCUUCACAGCGGACAUUGGUUCCAGCACUCAGCAUGAGGCUGUGGUAUGCCCCAUUGCUUGAAAUUCCAGGUGGAUUAGUUCUUAAGGGGGCAACACUGGUAGCUAUCCGGCCUAGUGAAGAGUCACAGAAGGAAGUGGUGGGAGGUUGCAGUGUUGGCGAGCCAUUAGAUUUGUCUUGGGUGUCAAAUGCCUUGGAGGAGCCCUACAGAACUGCAGCGAAGAUGCUUGUGAAGAGGAGAACAUAUUGUCUGGAGAUGAAUUCAUUCUGAACAUCGAAUGAUUGGAAGAAAUAUGCUUCCCUCUGGUAUGCGUGGAUGUGAGUGAUGGGAAGAAGAAAUUUUCUCUAUGUUGGUAAUUAAAUUUUCCUGAUAUUAUUAUUUUGGCACCAACGCAGAAAAUCAACCUUCCUUUUAUGACGUGAAUUGAUGAUCUUACAAGCUUAUAAUGUAACUUGUUUUUCAACAAUUAGCUGCUUCGAAUGUAUAUCUUUGACUUUUUGUACAUGUAAAAAACUGUGUUCUCAAUCAGAUAUUUAUUUUAAUAUUUUGCAAUCAAGAAUUACUAC